AUGAAAAGGACUAAUAGUGAAGGUUCCAACGGUGUCGUCCAUAAGACGAGAGGUAGAAAGGCUACCAAGUCUCAUGAUUCCCAUAUUAUAAACCAUCCAAAUGAUUAUAAACCAUUUUAUCUUUCGGUUAAUCCAAUGGAUAUAUUUUGUUGGGGUACUGGUUCCAUGUGUGAGUUAGGAUUGGGUCCAUCCGCAAAAAAUAAAGAAGUGAAAAGACCUCGAUUAAAUCCAUAUUUACCCGUGGACAAUGUUAAAAUUGUAUCUUUUGCGGUCGGUGGUAUGCAUACGUUGGCAGUAGACUCAGAAAAUAACAUUUGGUCUUGGGGUUGUAACGAUGUGGGUGCCCUAGGUAGAAGUACAGCUGGUGCCAAAGAACAAUUGAAGGAUAUGGAUGCUGAUAAUUCUAGUGAUGACGAAGAUGGUGACUUAAAUGAUUUAGAAUCUACUCCUAUGGUAAUUCCUAGAGAUUAUCUCCCACCUUUGCAAGAGGGCCAUAAAGUUGUUCAAGUGGCAGCUACUGAUAAUUUAGGAUGUGUUCUUUUCGAUAAUGGUGACAUUUACGCUUGGGGUACUUUCCGUUGUAACGAAGGUAUCCUUGGUUUUUACCGAGAAGAAAUUAAAGUUCAACAUGAACCUUGGAAGGUUCCAUCAUUUUCCAAGUACAAGGUUGUUCAAAUGGCCCCUGGUAAGGAUCACAUUUUGUUCUUAGAUGAAGAGGGUGUUGUAUUCGCUUGGGGUAAUGGCCAACAAUACCAAUUGGGCCGUAAGGUUAUGGAUCGUUUCCGUUUGAAGACUUUGGAUCCAAGGCCAUCUGGAUUAAAACAUGUAAGAUAUAUCUUCUCCGGUGAAAAUCACAGUUUUGCUCUGACAAUCGAUGGUAAGUUGUUGAGUUGGGGUCUAAAUCAGUAUGGUCAAUGUGGUGUUUCUGAAGAAAUAGAAGACGGUGGUCUUGUCACCGUUCCUCAAGAAGUUGUAUUGCCAGAGGGUGUUAGCGUCAAGAUGGUAUCGGCUGGUGAACACCAUUCAUUGAUAUUGGCUCAAGAUGGCGAUCUUUAUUCAUUUGGUAGAUUAGACAUGUUUGAAAUCGGUAUUCCUAAGAGCGAUCUUCCGGACAACGCUUACACAGAUGGCCACGGGAAACAACGUGCUGUGCCUAUACCAACCAAGUUGAAAAAUGUUCCUAAAUUUAAAACCAUUUCAGCUGGUUCUCAUCAUUCUAUGGCGGUUGCACAUAACGGAAUUGCUUAUUCUUGGGGGUUUGGUGAAACAUAUGCUAUUGGUCUGGGUCCUGCAGGCGAAGACACCGAAGUCCCAACCAGAAUUAAAAACACUGCUACUCAAGACCACAAUAUUGUAAUGGUUGGUUGUGGUGGUCAAUUCUCCGUCUCUGGUGGUGUCAAGCUUGGCGAUGAUGAAGCUGAAAAGAGAGCCGAGGAGAUGGGUGAUGAUGAGUAA